AUGACAGAUGCUCCGGAUAGACUCGAAGGAUACACUGAAACUGGAGGCGGACUCAUCUUGAAACGAAAAGCCGAUGACCAUGGUGAUACAUCAAAUAAAAGAGAGAAAAGUCAUCUUGGAUUGGACAAGCUUGCUGCCGAAAAGAAAAAAGAGGAACGCGCACGACAUCGGGAGAAAGACGAAACACCUGGACACCUUUCGGAUAGUGUUAGACACCGAAUUGACAGAUACAAAUCUGAAAAAAAUCGAGACGAUCGUCGUGGGCUAGAGGCCGAUUCACGGGAUCGAGAAAGGAAUAGAGAGAGAUCUCGAGAGGACGAUAACCGUGGCGAUAGAAGACGAGGGGGUCGAGAUUAUAGACGCUCAUCACAUGACGACAACAAACGUUAUCGAGGGAAUUACAUCGAAACGCCGACUUUCAAACUGCCAGACACGCCCAAUCGAAAUUGGGAUGAUGAUCAGCUUGAUACUGAUAAAAACCGAAGAGUCAAAUCAAGUUGGGACACACCGACUCCCGGAAGAGCUGGCAAGGACGCACGCGACUACUCUGAAAGAACUUUAGAGAAGCUUUAUGAAAGUGCAAGACGUCAACGAGAAGAUAAACAUCGAAGACCAAUUGAGGAAUCGAUUCGAUCAGUCAAGGAUGGACCUGGAGAGCCACAGUUCACUUCGGAAUCGGAAAGGAUUGAGUGGGAAAAUGAGCAAAAACAGUUGGAUCGUGAAUGGUACGAUAACGAUGGCGCCUACGAUGACGAAUAUAAUCCAUUUGCAAAAGUAUCUGAUGAAUAUGUCAAUAAAAAAGAAAAGCAAUGGCAAGAAAAAUCUACGAAACCAAGGUUGACUGUGCGUCAGCAACAAAUCAAACGCGAUAACGAGAUGUGGGAAAACAAUCGACUUCAUAGAUCAGGAGUUAUUAUGUUGGCUGGAGAUCACGAUUUCGACCACGAUGACCACGAUUCGGAUAGAGUUAACCUUCUGGUUCAUAACAUUGUUCCACCGUUUCUCGAUGGACGGAUAGUCUUCACAAAGCAAGCCAAGCCGGUUAUUCCCGUAGUUGACACAACGUGUGACAUGGCUGUCGCCGCUGCACGAGGAAGUAAAGUUGUUCGAGAACAUCGUGAACAAGAGGAAAGAAAGAAGGCCCAAGACAAACACUGGGAGCUCGCCGGAACUAACUUGGGAAAUAUCCUAGGAGUUGCCCCUAAGCCUGAUGAAAAUGGGCCUGCUGAGGGAGAGGAGAAAGAUUUCAGAGAACAACAUCAGUUUGCUUCAGUCAUGGGCGAACAGGAAGCUGUUUCCGAUUUUGCCAUGGAAAAAACGAUAAAGGAACAACGAGAAUAUCUACCCGUCUUUGCUUGUCGCCAAAAGAUGAUGUCGGUGGUUAGAGAAAAUAAUGUGGUGAUUAUUGUGGGCGAAACUGGAUCAGGAAAAACGACUCAACUUUCUCAAUACUUAUACGAAGAAGGAUACGCUGAAACUGGUAUUAUUGGAUGCACCCAGCCUAGGCGAGUUGCUGCGAUGAGUGUUGCAAAACGUGUGUCUGAUGAAAUGGGAGUGGAGCUUGGCCAAGAAGUUGGUUAUGCAAUUCGAUUCGAGGAUUGCACUUCCGAAAAAACAGUGAUCAAAUACAUGACUGAUGGUAUAUUGCUCAGAGAAUGUUUGGGUGAUGGAGAUCUUGAUCAAUAUUCUGCAAUCAUUAUGGAUGAAGCUCACGAAAGAUCUUUGAACACGGAUGUUUUAUUUGGCUUGUUGCGAGAUGUUGUAGCUCGCCGCAGUGAACUGAAGUUAAUUGUGACUUCAGCUACAAUGGAUGCAGAAAAGUUCGCAAAUUUCUUUGGCGGUAUGACGCCAACUUUCAACAUUCCUGGAAGGACUUUUCCCGUUGAGAUCUACCACGCAAGAACGCCGGUGGAGGACUAUAUUGAUGCUGCGGUAAAACAGGCCGUUACUAUUCACUUGGGUGGUUUAGAUGGAGACAUGCUCAUUUUCAUGCCAGGGCAGGAAGAUAUCGAGGUGACUUGUACCUUGAUCAAGGAUCGGCUUGGUGCACUUGAUGAAGCACCUCCUCUUGCUGUUUUGCCAAUCUAUUCGCAAUUGCCAAGUGACCUACAAGCAAAGAUAUUUCAAAGGGCUCCAGGCGGGAUGCGUAAGGUUAUUGUGGCUACAAACAUUGCCGAAACAUCUCUGACUGUGGAUGGAAUAUUAAUUGGUAUGGACGCAUUGCAGGUCUUUCCUGUCUCUCAGGCAUCUGCUAAUCAACGCUCUGGAAGAGCUGGCCGUACAGGCCCCGGUCAAUGCUAUCGUUUAUACACUGAACGCCAAUUCAAAGAUGAAUUACUUGUUUCAACGGUUCCCGAGAUUCAACGGACUAAUUUGGCGAAUGUUGUUCUGCUUUUGAAGUCGCUAAAUGUGGACGAUCUUUUGAAGUUUCACUUUAUGGAUGCGCCACCGCAGGACAAUAUGCUAAAUUCAAUGUAUCAACUCUGGACCUUGGGCGCGCUGGAUAACACUGGACGGUUGACGGACUUAGGAAGAAAGAUGGUGGAAUUUCCCUUGGAUCCAACUUUGGCGAAAAUGGUGAUCAUGUCUGAACAAAUGGGAUGUAGUGAUGAGGUGUUAACGAUCGUGUCGAUGUUAUCCGUACCUGCUAUAUUUUUCCGACCCAAAGGCAAAGAAGAUGAAGCGGAUGCAAAGAAAGAAAAGUUCCAAGUACCAGAGUCCGAUCAUUUAACAUUCCUAAAUGUCUACGUGCAAUGGAAACUGCAUAAGUAUUCGGCGAAAUGGUGUGCUGAUAACUAUGUACACGCAAAGGCGAUGAAGAAGGUUCGCGAAGUUAGAGCACAGCUCAAGGAAAUUAUGGAUGAUCAACGAAUGAAAAUUAUCAGCUCUGGAACUGAAUGGGAUGUCAUCAGGAAAUGUAUUUGUUCGGCUUAUUUCCAUAAUGCGGCUAGACUAAAAGGCAUUGGUGAGUAUGUGAAUGUGCGAACAGGAAUUCCGUGUUUCCUGCAUCCAACUUCAGCUUUGUUUGGAAUGGGUUUUAUGCCGGAUUAUGUGGUUUACCACGAGCUGGUAAUGACAGCAAAAGAAUAUAUGCAAUCUGUGACAUCAGUCGACCCGCACUGGCUUGCUGAAAUGGGCCCCAUGUUCUACUCAGUGAAGGAGUCCCGUGAGACGCAUUUUGAAAAGAGGCAAAAAAGCGUACGCAAUGUCGAAACAAUGGAGCAAGAAAUGAAGGAAGCUCAAGUUGAAAUUGCAAGAAGAAAAGUUGAAAGUGAGCGAGAGUUCAAGCAUCCAUCUAGUGUAAGGAUGGCUGAUGUCGGACGAAGUAUUUUACACGUUGAUCGGAAAGCGUCGCAAGAUGAAAUAAAGAAAGCAUUUGUAAAACGGUCACAAGAAUUACAUCCGGAUCUUCUUAAGCCAGUGGAAACAGUCGACUUGAGGCACAAUUGGAGCCGUCGUUCACUGACAGAGCAGUUCAUGGAUGUCAAGGAAGCAUAUGAUAUUCUUCGUUAUCCGCAAAAACGCAGACUGUACGAUCAACAGACGUUCUUAUCCGAACAAGAUGGGUAUCUCCACGAAGCCUCGCUUACUGGCCCAAAACGGAAAGAUCCGACCAUCAUUGAUUUGAAUCUCGAAAGGAAUAAAUCCUACAUGGGACCACAGCGGCUGAAAACAAAAGGAGGACAUUUCAUCGAUCCUGCUGUAGAAUAUGAAAAAGAACGAACUCGAAAUCGCCCGCUUUUAUACAUUAUGGCUUGUUUUGGAGCUGUUAUUUUAUGCAAUAUUGCUUAUAUCGAAUUUGCGCACUCCGAGAAACGGAAGUUGUCCAAA